ACGAUUACGUGAACGAUUGAUACCGGAAUUUUACAGUCUCUUUAUUUCAUUCCAUAUAUUACAUUUAUCUCACGUGAUUAUUGACAUCGGCCAAAAAAUGGAGGAAGGACUAAGAAAACUAAUCAUUUUGAGUUGUAUUUCCUUCGCUUUUUCAAGUAAAGUUCCAGUCUUGUUAUGGUCUUCUUCAAGAUCUCUUGCUGAUCUGCCACAGACCAACUCAGGUAAAACUAUUGUAUCAACAGACUUUACCCAGCACUACCUCAAUCCAUUAACCAAAGGAAAAGAUGGAAAUCUUGUUGUCUUCGUUCAGGAUAAGCUAAGCCUCCAGGAUUUCACUCAACAUGCUGAUGUGUACAAUCCGGAGAGUGACGGAGGGGUCUUCAAGAACAUUAAGGGUUUCAUGGAUGAGUUGUCCUCUGUCAGUCUCCCAUCAGUUCACCUUCCCAGCCUCGCUGUGGAUGACAUGACCAAGACGUUCAAGGGAAAAGUUCACCAGGUGGAAGGUCACGACAUCGGCAAAGUUAACAUUGAUUCAAAUGUUCCCAAUCUCAUCAUUGUGACAUUGACCUCAAUAUUGGACAGCCCUAAUGAGAAGGAAGGUUUUAGGAGAAAUGACGAAGCCAUUGGGAAGGUGAUCAGGCAGCUGAGCAAGGGAGGUGUCCGGUACACGGCAGUCUACACCGCCCGGGACUCACAAGUUGCAGAGAACAAGGCAGCAUUGACGAAGAGGCGUUUAUUGAGCACGGACAUGCCCACCAACAUAACAAAAAUCGCUAACGGAACGCUACUUAACUUUACCUGUGUCCUCGUCUACAUACGCUCCAUCAACAUAGUGGCCAACAAUGUAUCUUACUAUCUCAACGAUACAAAUAAAUUUAUCGGAAGCAAUUUAGUCAACUGUACUAAUGACACUGCCGAGGUGCACGUAAUUUAUGAUGAUCCACAAUUGAAAAUGGAUAUGAGCAUGAAUAUGACGAUGGGUAAUGCAUCGUCAGCCUAUUCGGGGUACUGGAAAGUAAACUCGACCACCAUCACACUGAAUGAUAGUGUAACGGACAACCUUCGUAUGGACAGUGUCUCAGCCCCUGAAGGGUUCUCAUACCACUGCUCCAGCUUAGCAGGGCUGACAAAACACACAGGGGGAAAUGUCACGGUCUCAUUUGAUGGAUUCCAGCUGCAGCCAUUUGGUGUGAAGAAUUCCAAGUUCUCGGAUGGUUGGGAUUGCAUCCCUUUCUUCACUGAGGUCAUCUGGAUGGGAAUCAUUGCCAUGCUUGUGGUCACUCUCAUCCUUCUCUUUGGAUUCUCCAUGCUGUCAUCAAUCAACACACAGGACAGAUUUGAUGACCCCAAGGGCAAAACCAUCACUGUCAACGUCAGCGAUUAAAAUACGUUAAUUCAUGGAAUUUUUAUUAGACAAAGCUUCUGUGAUUUUCAGCUGUGAAUAUUUUAAAAAGGAAUAGAUAAAAUUCAGUUUUGAUAAACUUUUACAUUAAGUAAUUGGACCAUUCUUAUUUAAUUGAGCUUUUUGUAAACUAGCUGUAUACAUGUUUGUGAUUUCAAUAAUUAAUGUAAUAAACAUGACCUCUGAAUAUUUCA